AUGCUUCUAUCAAUUCAGUUUUUCUUGAUAUGGUUGAUUAUUAUUGUGCUUAGUAAAUCUAAUCAUAAUAUUUAUUGCUCCAAUGGUAGACCAGCUUUGUGGACGUUUAGCAUGUCUAAUUUUAGCUUUUCACCACAAUGUCCUACACCUGGUCGAGCAUGUCACGAUAAAAAAGGCAAAUGUACGAAAGAAUACUUAUGUUGUCCGCAAACAUUGAAAAUGUCAUCAAAACUUGCAUUAUAUGAUCGAGCAACGAAUAUUAAAUUUAUUCGUAUUGGUAGUGAUUAUAAAAAUACCUAUCGUUUUUAUGAAUUAAACUUAACAUCAAAUAAUCAUGCAACACAUGAUAAUUAUGCACAAUGGGUUUUCUUUGAUCAAACAUUACGAGAUUUGUUUGAAAUGCCAAAUGCUAGAUUUUGGCAGUCAAUUGUAAAUUGCCUACAAAAUUAUGGUAUCGCAUAUGCAUAUGUUCCUCUUAAUGCAACAUCAGUUACAGCUAAUAUUAGUGCAUUGACAGUAUUAACAAGACAGAAAAGUUCAUUCGACAAUCUCUACAUAUGUUACAUGGUCACAAGAAAAGAACAUCGUCGACGAGGUUUAGGUACACUAAUUUUACAACAAAUUGUUCAACGUGCGUUAGACGAACAACGUAACGGUAUAAAACACGUGACGCUACAUGUCAAUACAUUAAAUACAGUUGCACUUGAACUUUAUGAAAGAUGUGGAUGGCGAUGUUAUCAGUAUCUACCGACAUAUCUUGACCCUGACCCACAUCAUGCAACAAAUCAUGCAUAUGCAUUAAUACUUCAUUUAGAGAAAGUAAAGAAUGUCACCGGCCUAUGUCGAGACACAAAUGCUGUAGACAUCAAUCCGCAAGACGAUAGAAAAAGCAUAGAAAACUGUCACCGUGUGCCUGCUCAGCUUCGAGAAUGA